CCCUUUUUUUUUUUAUUUUUUUUUAUAUUCGAUGGACCCAUUUCAAUCAUUUCCUAUACAGUUCAAUCCUCAAAUCUAUGAGAGUAGCAAUGUACCUCCAUCUACAGACAAGUUAUUCUCUUUUAGUGGCUUCCAAGCAGGCUUGAUGACAAGUCAACAAAAUACGAUGCCAAGCAGUUCAAACUUACAACCUCCUUUCCAACCCUCUCGACCACAAACAUUUCUACAGCCACCUUUAGCCCAAUCUGCUCAGAAUGAAAACGGAAGUCGAUAUGCUGGCAUGUACGCCAACACUGGAUUUGAUAUGUUGACCUUAUUAUCGCGUGUGGUCAAUCGACCCAACCCUCAAAUCAGCUUAGGCCCUGUGGAUUUAUCAUGUUCGUUUGUGGUGGUGGAUGCGAAACAAUAUGAUUUUCCAUUGGUCUAUGUGUCCCCUAUGUUUGAACGCUUAACGGGUUAUGCACCUCAUGAAGUGAUAGGCAGGAAUUGUCGGUUCUUACAAGCACCUGAUGGAAGAGUGGCUAUUGGUUCAAGAAGAAAAUAUACAGAUAACAGCACUGUCUAUCAUAUCAAGACACAUAUAGUCCAAGGAAAAGAAUCACAGUCGAGUAUCAUCAACUAUAAAAAAACGGGUCAACCUUUUGUCAACCUAUUGACAGUGAUACCUAUUGCUUGGGAAUCAUCUGAUGAAAUCGAUUAUUUUGUAGGAUUACAAGUGGAUCUUGUAGAACAACCAAAUUCAAUAUUUCAAAGCAUGAAGGAUGGAACAUACACUGUCAACUAUAGAAGUUCUACUAUUCCAUCUGCCAUUUCAGGCUUUCCAAUGAAUCCUGAACUUGCUGAAGAGCCUAUUGAAGAAUGGCGAAGACCUGUUUCUCCUAAACCCUUAUUGACAUCCUCAUCCAAUGAUCCUCCCAUGGUGUCUACUGGCAGCAGCAGCCAUUUAACCCCCAUAGAUAUAGAAACACUGAUCAAAGAAGCAAGUACAGAUGAAGGCAAAUUUAGACGAUGUUGGCAUGAACUACUGUUGGACCAGAGUCCUGAUUUUAUUCAUGUCUUGACCAUCAAAGGGAUCUUUCUGUACUGCUCUGAUUCAACACAGCAACUGUUAGAAUACGAACCCUCAGAACUGAUUGGUGAAUCACUCAAAGACAUCUGUCAUCCCUCGGAUAUCACAACUGUCAUGCGUGAAUUAAAGCAGUCUUCCAGCGACUCAACAGAACCUGUCAAUCUGAUUUACCGUGCACGCCGUAAAAACUCGGGCUACAUAUGGAUUGAAUGUUGUGGUAAACUCAGGAAUGAAGAUGGUCGUGGGCGUAAAUAUGUCGUCUUGUCCGGUCGAGAACGUCCUGUGUAUCAGCUGCCGCGUAGUGCUCUGGCAGUAGGCAACAGGGCCCAUGAGGCACGUACACCUCAAGACGCAUUGAUGCCAGGCACAGAAGACCAUGAAUUCUGGGGUAAAUUAAGUGCUGAUGGCUUACUGUUGUAUGUCAGUUGGACAUGUGCGAAUAUCCUGGGCUCACCUCCUCCUGAACUGAUUGGCACGUCCUUGUACCAGUUGAUGCGUAGUAACCGUACAACCGAUCUAACCCGUGCAUUAGCAGAAGUCAAAGAAGGCAAGAUUGUAUAUUUAAGGCACGCUUUGUUGAACAAUGCAGGCAUGGAAGUCAUGGUGGCCACUACAUUCUAUCCAGACGGGAAAGCAUCUUUACAAGAACAACCUACGUUUGUAUUGAUGCAGACAAAGGUGAUUGAUGAUGAAUCUACCUUGACAGACGAAGAGCCAGUGUUUGUCUCGAUGGAUCCUGAUGUCAAAAAGAAAGGAAGAGCAGAUGUAUCGAUGCCUAAUCUGGACAGUCAUGGUGUUGUCCUUCCCUCUGUACAGCGUAUCCAUACAGGUGAACGUAUGGUGGAUGAACUCGAUAUUGCUCGAGAUGCAAAUUGGCAGUAUGAAUUACAUCAAUUAAGGAUCAGUAAUAAGAAAUUAAGAGAUGAUCUCAAUAUUUUACUUCAAAGAGCGAAACAAGAUGGUAAAGAAGAAGUUGCCCACUGUCAUUCAUGUUAUCGUCGUUUACCAGGCACUUCAGAAUUGGAUUAUAGUUCAGAGGAACCUCUGUUAUGUAAUACAUGUUCUCUUCGUGAUAUACCAACACAAUAAAAAAAC